UUCGUUGUAUUUUGAUAGAACGUAACUGUUUAUCUAGACUGUUUGAAGUGUAGUCACCUUCUGGCCCCGGCGGUACGCGCGCAGACUUCUACAUCUCUCUGCUGUUAAAAAGUGGCUGAAACCUACUCGCCUUUCUGCUGCCUUCAGGCCAGGUGGUGAGGUAGUACAUCUGUAUUUUAUCCCGCGAACUUUAAGGUGCUGACUGCCACUUUGCGAUCAUCGCCCACCCGGCCGUUCUGCCAGACAGUUGCUGCAUCAGUAUCCAACACAGAGACACAUCCUCCUAUCUGCUGCAUAACAGGCGGCCCUGGUCCCCCCUCAACCUGCCCCCUGCGCUAUGAGCAGAGGACGAGGAGGGCCCCCCAUAGAGCAUUACCACCGACCCCCUCUCCCCCAACUGCAGGCUAAGCAACAAUACUACAGAGCUGGACCCCUGGGAUUUCACCCCAGAGCCCCCCCGCAACAGGCCCCACACCCAAACGUCCAUUCAUACAUAGGCCCAGUCCCCCCUCUAGUACCACCCAGUGCCCACUCUCAGCCGCUCUACCCCUCCGCCCCUCCCCCACCCGGCCACAACCCAGCCCUGAGUCAGCAGAGCUCUUGUCCCAGUGGUCCUAACUCCUUCAGGCAGCAGCAGGUCCACUUCCUGAGGGGACAGAACACUGAGGCGCCCCAGUUUAGGGUGAGCCCCAGAGGGGCACAGAGCUUGGGUCGAGGGGGACCGAACGGACUCUAUAACGGAUCGAACCAGUCCCAGGCAGGGUACAGCAUAUACUCCCAAAACAGCUCCAGGGGGAGAGGGGGAUACAGCAGCGAGCGAGGCAGAGGGAACGGUAGGGACUUCGGGUACCCACCCAGUCAGGGACCCCCUAGAGGACCAACCAGCCCUAGAUUCUGGAACCAGAAGCAGACUUUGACCCAAAAGCAAGGCUUCAACAGACAGUGGAGCCUGCAUGCAGACUGUGCUGACGGGCUGUCUUUCUCAGAAGGCUUUCAGAGUUUAUCCUUAGACAGAGAGAGGUCCUACAGAGGAAGAGUUGACAGAGGCGACAGCUUUGACAAAGCUUCUGUCGGUAGUAGUAAUAAUUCAAACAACAAGAGUGCCCCUACAGUUCAACUACCCGACAUCCGAGAGCAAGUUUUGCAAGCCUUGGCAGAUUUGAGCCCCGGCGAGACACUACAAGCAAAGUGUUUGGCGAAAACGCUGCGGCUGCCCAAAAAGUUUAUCAACCAGGCCCUUUACGCUCUCGAGCGUGAUAAGAAAGCUUCGAAACACGGUGAAAGUCCUCCAGAGUGGACUGUCUACAUAGAACCACAGGAAGAACCGGAAAGUAGAGAUUCUGAUCCGGAAAACCCACGUUCACAACAGAGGGAACAUUCUGUGGAGGUGUCACAGGAAGGGCCUUCAGAAGAUUGUUCUCUCUUCCUAUCUGUGAAGGAGGAGGACGUUGUCAUCGAGGCUGAGAUCCAGCAAACUGAAACGCAGACCCCUGAGGGCGACAAAGAAGAAGAUUACUACGUAGAAUCCGAUUCGCACUCCUCUUCCUCAGAACCAUCCGAGUCAUAUCGGCAACAUUCCCAGUCCCAAACCCAACAACCCAGUAUCAACAGCAGCAGUAACGAAGAGCUUGACCUAGACUUUGACGAGAGAGACAUGGCGGACUGCGGCAGUAACCAGAAGGAGUUGAUCCUGCAGUAUCUGCUGGAGGCAGGGGAGGUCACGGCCCUGGUGAUCUCCAAGAACUUGGGCUUGAGGGGUGCCAAGCAGGUCAACCCCACCCUGUACGCCAUGGAGAAGCAGGGCGAUGUGAGCCGCAACGCAGAGGUGACCCCUCACACCUGGGAGCUGUCUGUCCACCGCAGGGAGAGGAUGGAGAGGAGCCUCAAGGCCGAGCGCAGCACCCCUGCCAAGGUCGAGGGAAUGGGGUCUGGAUUCCAGGCGGUGCCACCCGGAUUGGAGGGUCUAGGGGCCAACGAUGAGGCGGAGGACGAGUCGAACGGAGGGCAGUGGGCGACCGACGAUAUCCCAGAAUUCCUCAACGCCAUCAGCCGGGACGGAGGGGGGACAGUGGCAGUCUCCCUGGCAGCGCCCCCACCUCAGAACCUCCGUGCCAAACUCCAGGAGGUGAGGGCCAAGAACCCAGUCAGCGGCCUGAUGGAGUUCGCCCAGUACCAGGGACACAAUUGCGAGUUCCUGCUCCUCGACCAAUCAGGGCCUUCACAUGACCCCAGAUUCCGUAUGCAGGUCAUGCUGGACGGAAGGUUGUUUCCUGUUGCUGAGGCAUCUAAUAAAAAGGUGGCGAAGAAAGAUGCCGCCUCAGCGACCCUGAGGAUUCUGCUUCGCGAGAUAGAGGGGGGAGGGGCUGAGGAGGGGCUCACUGCAGGGGUGGACCAGGCCAUGGACCCCACAUCUGACAUCCCUGAGGUAGUGGAGGGUCCGCCCCAGGCCCUGUCCCGUUCCCUGCCGGGGGGUAAGAACCCAGUGUCCAUGCUGAUGGAGUACAGUCAGCGCACUGGAAACCCGAUCGAGUUCAUCAACACUGGACAGGAGGGCCCACCUCACGACCCACGGUUCAUGUUCAGGGUGAAAAUAGGGGAAAGCCUGUGUGCUGAGGCCUCAGCCCCCAGUAAGAAGGCUGCCAGGCAGCUGGCCGCAGAGGAGGCCGUCAAGGAGUUAAUGGCCGACGGGAGACUGCAGCUCAACAAGCCCCAGUUCCCCCUGUGUCUGUCUGGUGAUGAGGGGGGCUUCAUGCCCGCUUGCCCCUCCCUGCCCCCUCUGACAGAGGAGGAGCUGCGUUCUGCCCACGAGGCGGGGGUUGGUGACCUCAUCAGCCACCUGAACAACAACGCCGUGUCAGGCCUGCUGGAGUACGCCCGGGCCAGGGGCUUUGCUGCAGAGAUACGGCUGGUCGGGCAGUCAGGACCACCGCACGAGCCCAAGUUUACCUACCAGGCUAAGCUAGGGGGUCGCUGGUUCCCUCCUGUCUGUGCGUCCAAUAAGAAGCAAGGGAAACAGGAAGCAGCUGACGCAGCUCUGAGGGUCCUGAUUGGAGAGGCUGAGAAGGCCGCCCGCACCGGGGAACUAACCCCUGCAGAGCUGCCACUGAGUGGUGGGACCAUCCAUGACCAGAUCGCAAUGUUGAGUCACCAGCGCUUCAACGCCCUCACCACACGCAUACAGCACAGUCUUCUGGGAAGGAAGAUCCUCGCCACCAUCGUCAUGAAGAGGGGGGAAGGGCUGGGGACCGUGGUCAGCCUGGGAACAGGAAAUCGUUGCGUUAAAGGGGAGGAGCUGAGUCUUAAAGGGGACACCGUUAAUGACUGCCACGCAGAAAUCAUCUCCAGGAGAGGAUUUAUCAGGUUUCUGUAUGCUGAGUUGCUGAAGCACUGUGAAGGAUCAGAGGACAGUAUAUUUGAGCCAGCUGAGGAGAACAAGCUCCGGGUGAAACCUGACACCACCUUCCACCUCUAUAUCAGUACUGCUCCGUGCGGAGACGGGGCGUUGUUUGAUAAGUCGUGCAGCGAGGACGCAGGGGACGGCCAAGGCCACCAGCCCCUGUUUGAGAACGCCAAGCAGGGCAAGCUGCGCACCAAGGUGGAGAAUGGUGAAGGCACCAUCCCGGUAGAGUCAUCGACCAUCGUGCCCACCUGGGACGGCAUCCAGCACGGCGAGCGUCUGAGGACCAUGAGCUGCAGCGACAAGAUCCUUCGCUGGAAUGUCCUGGGGCUGCAGGGAGCCCUGCUCUCCCACUUUCUCCAUCCUAUCUACCUGGCUUCAAUCACCCUGGGCUACUUGUACAGCCAUGGCCACCUGACACGUGCUGUCUGCUGCCGAUUGGCCAGAGACGGCGAAGCCUUCUCCAAGAGUCUACCUGCUCCCUACACACUCAACCACCCAGAGGUGGGCAGGGUGAGUGUGUAUGACUCGACGCGUCACACAGGGAAGACCAAGGAGUCCAGCGUGAACUGGAGCCACCCAGACCACAUCACUGUGGAGGUUCUGGACGGGACCAAGGGCAAACUGGACGGGUACGCACCCCGCACCACAACUAGAACCAGACCCUCAGACCUGGAUCUAAACCCUCAUCCAGAUAGCAGCACCAGCCCCAAACUGGACGUGUCGCGGGUCUCCAAGUCCAACAUCUUCCGUCAAUUCCGGUCGUUAUGCCAACAGUGCGGGCGCCAGGAUCUGCUGGCUCUCCCAUCGUACGCCCAAGCCAAGAUGGCCGCCGUGUCCUUCCAGGUCGCCAAGCAGCAGUUCUUCGAGGCCCUGGGUAGCCAUGGUUAUGGAGCCUGGAUUGGCAAGCCAUUGGAGGAGAAGAGUUUUGACGAAGCGGCUGCCUUCGAUGGCCAAGGGGCAGGAAGUGUUGCUAAUAGCAACCAAGGAUACAACAACAACAAUAGCUAUGGAAGCACAACCACUGACUAUAACAGCAGCCAGUGGGGUAGUAGUGCGUACACACAGGCCAUGUAGAAAGGAGGGAGAAGAGGGGGAGGGGGGGGUAGGGUUGGCUAGAAAGAUAGAGGGGCGGGAGAGAAGGACAUGAGCCUGGACGACAGAGGGAGAAAGGAAGGAGAGGAAAGAGUAGCUAGCAGCGAGUACUGUUUCUUGAAAGAAGAGGUAGAGGUCAGACAGAGAGAGAGGGGAAAGGUCAGUUACUGAGAUGGAGGGAGGGAGGAGACAAGGGGAUAACAGGCAAGCCCAAGGGGUGAGGGUCAUACAGCAGCGAGGGAGAGAAAGAAGGGGUUGCCACUGCUACACAAAACAGGAUAUACAAAGAAAGAGAUGGGGGGGGUUAGUAAAAAUGAUUACUAUCUGAUGUAGUGACAUUCAGAGCUGCACAGCAUGCACUACUGCUCCACUGUAACGGUAGCCCCAGUACACACACUAUCAUCACAUUACAUACAGGCUAAACCCUCCCUGCCCAUCUCUCAUACGCACACAACACAACCCUCAGUCUCUCUAGUUCAGACACCCUACACCUGACCCUGUCGUACUCGCCAGUCAGCCAUUCAAUCACGCAUGACUAGUUUAACCUGUACUUAUCAGCCUGAGCAUGGAUAGUAGUGAUCACACUUUAUAUAUAUAAACCAGCCUUGUAACGUUUAGCUACUCCCCGACCUAGUAACCCACCCUUUACACUGUUAUUAAUGCUAUGGCUACGUCUGCAGGUCACCGGCCGGUCCAUCCCAUUACUCUUGACUGUAACAUAGAUUUGCUGAUGAUGUUGACUAACUAGCCUAGAUCAUAAUUAUUCUGUUAUUAUUGUGUCCUGUGUAGUGUGUAUCGCUAUUGUUCUUGAGUUUUAUGGUGUAGUCACCGGGGGGGCCACGUCAGAAAGGACAACGGUGACGUUGAGAACUGCUGAGAACAAGUAAAUCAGCUACUUGUUCUCAUUUUAGGAUUCAGGUUAGGAGGGGGUCAAAGUUCAGGUUAGGAUAAUUGAUUACUGGUAGUUGUGGUAAAAAAGAAGAAAGGGGCUUUGCACUCUUGUCCUUUCUAGCGUGGCCAGAUAGUGGCCAGCGGGUUUUAGGCGGACAGGGAGAAAGACGGGUUUGUUUUUAUGUUUUAGUUUAGUCUGAUCAAAUACAUUCAAGGGUGAAGCAAUAUAUACAUCAUGUACAUACAAAUACAUAAAUACACAGAUGUAUAUGCAAUAGCGACGUUUGUGUAGGGUAUGUAUAUAUCUCUGUGUGUGUAUGUAUAUGUAUAUAUUAUGUAUAUAUUUUGUAAGUCAUGCCUAAAAUUGAUUUUCUAUUGACUAUUUUUUUGAAAUGUUUUAACAAGUGGAUGACAGAAAGCAUUUUUUUUUUCUAUGGAUGGAAAAUGUCAAGUUUUAAGUGAUUAUAAAGACCGGCUUUGUAAAAGCUGAAA